AUGUCCAUUAACCAUAAGACUCAUGUCCACUCAAGAUACUUCUUGAAAAAGAAGAAGAAGAUCAAGAUAUCAGCCCUUUCAAAUAUCAACCCUUUAAAUCUAAUAUCUUUGCACAAUGAGGAGGAAGCUUUGCAAGUUGGUAUUGGGAACGUAAAUCCGAUCGACCUUCAUCUCCGGCGAGAUACCCACCGCAAGAGUAGCCCAUCGCGAGCAAGCCAUCAACGGCGUUUUCCCCUGCAGCCGUCGAGUCCUUUGCGGCAGACAACCGGUGACGCGAGGUCGGCGAAUUGUACCGUCCAGCCCUUAAAUCGUCUUCUCCACCAUCAUUGUCCGUGUGUAUCUACGUGGGAGGAGAAACCGAGCAACAGAUUCCUCAUUCACUCGCGAGCAGACUGUCGACGAACAAGAUUUGAGGAAUUCUCGUCGGCAACCCUCAUCAAGCGGCAGCGGCAGAGCUUUUUCCGGACGCCGAGCCACGAUCCAACCUCCGACGAGCCCCGAACAACCGCUGCUGAGCUGUCGCGAGGUCGAAAUUCGUGA